AUGGGGUGUAGCAUGUGUGUGGUGCAGAAGCCUGAGGAGCAAUACCAGGUCAUGUUCCAGGUGAACAGUAAAGAUUUAUCUGGAAUGUCUCCGCAUAUGCUGCACUGCAGGCGAAACAUGAGGUGGUGUCAAAAGAGGAAAGCAGGUAUUCCUGGAGUCGUUGCUGGGAUGAUUGUAACGACUGACUGUGUGGACAGUGGGACGCAGACAGAUAUUAGUUUCCUGCACAUGGUGACAUUAGGUAGACCUGUCCAUCACAACAGACCAGUGUCACCGCCAUCACCUCCACUUCCAUCAGUGCCAGAGCUCUACCUAUUCAACCAUCUCCCUCCAAUGGACCAUGUGUAUUACGAACCAACAGACUGCUUCGACAUCAGUCAACAUAAGGUGGACAGACAAGAUGACCUGGAGUAUGAGGAAGUGGAACUGUAUAAAUCUUGCCAGCAAGAUAAACUAGGUUUAACGGUGUGUUAUCGCACUGAUGAUGAAGAGGAUCUGGGGAUUUAUGUGGGUGAGGUCAACCCCAAUAGCAUUGCAGCUAAGGAUGGCCGAAUCCGUGAAGGAGACAGAAUACUACAGAUAAAUGGAAUGGAUGUUCAGAACAGACAGGAAGCCGUGGCCAUCAUGACCAGAGAGGACAGCACAAACAUCUCUCUGCUACUAGCACGACCAGAUAUUGAGAAUGAGGCAGAUGACCUGGAUUUGGAGUUGGGUGUUGACUUGGAUCUAGAGGACAUGCAUAACACUUCUAACUUGACCAGCUCUGAGCAUUGUAGUAAAAACAGUUCUUUGCUCUGUGACAUCAACGGAAUCCGAGCAGGACAGCCAAACUUGUUGCACAACAUACUUAAUAACAGCCAAGAGCUGGACAGCGGGGUGGGUCGCACAGAUGAAAGCACACGUUGUGAGGAGUCCUCGGAACAUGAUCUACUGGCUGAUGAUGCCACCAGUGUAUGCACGACCAACACCGCCAAUACACCUGGCAGCAUGCACAAGUUCCGCACAGCUCCGCAUGGAUGGGAAUUCCACUACAGCAACGACUCACUGCUGGGGCCAGAUGGAGUGGGACCAGCAGACCAUGGAGUUCCAGAAUCACUGGGGUCAGUGUCAAGCAAAGUGCUGAUGCCAAGGUUAACGGAAGAGGAAUAUGAACAUUACCGUGAGCUACUGGAGCUCCGGCACCUUUAUGAGAAGAACGAAAAAGCACUUCUUUUUGAUGGAAAGCACCUUGGAGCAGGAGGCCGCACUUCUGCAAUAGGUGGUGUUUACUCAUUAGGUAUGAACUAUAAGGAGAGUCUAAUGCAGCAUGAUAUUGCUCUUCUAGAGGAGGAAAUUCAUCACCUGGAGUUUAAGUGGCGCAAUGUUUUGCGGGCUCAAAAGAUGCAACAGUUGCGCGAGUGUUGCUUGAAGGUCUGGCCAGCUGAUGAAGAGAAGGACUAUGAAAAGGGAGCAAAGGCAAGAUGUGGAGGUGCUGAAUUGCUACACCAUGAUCUGUCAGACAUCAACGAGAUUCCAGAAAGGGAACGCUCGGACAAGGAGAGUACAAGUGCCUAUAAUACUGGUGGGGAAAGUUGUAGAAGCAUGCCUCUGGCAAGCGAACGGUACCCUUCACCUUCUGCGGCUGGAGAUUCCAGUGCCUCUGCAACCACGCGACCACAGACUCUGCAUCACAGAACAAAUAUGAGCAGGGAAAAUAAUCUUAACCUCCCUUCUUCAUCAGAUACCAAAAGGAAGAAUGGAGAAACAGGGGAAACCAGAAACUCUAGUCCAGCAACAAGGCUUAAGUCAUUAUCUCGGAAUGACUGCAGCAGUAGGAAGGGCUUGGAUGGAGCAAGCAAGAAAUCCCAUGCAAAUGGGACUCUGUCUUCUGGGAUUACAAAAGGGAGAAGGAGUGCAGAGAACAGUCCAUAUCUGUCCCGUCGCGGGAACACACUGCCUCCACGUUACCAGAGUUGCAUGCAGUUGAGGGACAUGUCGGCCAUUGAUAGUUUAGAUGUCAGGAACACCUUUGAAGAGGUUCCUGAUUACCCAAAUACUAUGUCUUGCGUAAAUAGAGACUCCGCAGCUGCCCCUGCAAGUUCUAUGAUUAUGCCACCACCUCCAUAUUUACCUCGAAUGGAAUGGAAGGUCAAGAUCCGCAGUGACGGCUCACACUAUGUUGUGAAACGUCCAGUUAGAGAUCGUUUACUGAAAGCCCGUGCCAUGAAAAUUUGUGAGGAACGCAGUGGGAUGACCACGGACGAUGAUGCGGUCAGUGAAAUGAAGAUGGGACGCUACUGGAGCAAAGAGGAACGCAAGCAGCAGCUGCUGAGAGCUCGCGAGCAACGGCGCCGCCGUGAGUUCAUGAUGCAGAGUCGACUGGACCUCUUGCGAGAGAAAGAGAAGGAGCAAGAUUCUGGGCCACCGGGACAGGCUUCCAUACUUGAGCUGAGUCAAAAAAAGAGCAUGAAGAAACGCAGCCGACGGAUCCUGGACAAUUGGAUCACAAUUCAGGAACUCUUGGCUCAUGGGACCUGUUCAUUAGAUGGAAAGAAAUUGUACAACACUUUGCUAUCUGUGACCACUGUUUGAUAAGUGGAGUCAGAACAUAUAGGACAAAAUGAAAGGCUAAAUUUAAAUAAAAUCAAUGUGGUACAAAAAUGUGUGUCUAGGAGGCAAACAUCAGGCUGCGAAAAGUGUUGUGCGAAUUGAAUACAACACUCACACACUGCAUUUAUUUGGAGUCCCAUAGAAACCCUACACCUAUAAUUUUCUCGAAAACCUAACCCUAACCUUUACCCUAAAUUAAGUUACAGCAAAUGUGAUCUUCACAAGACAUUCCCUGCCUGACUUUUAGACAUGACAAUAGAAUAGGAGACCUUCUAAUUAAGUGAAAAGAUUAGGUAUUUGGAUUACAUACACCAAUUAUUUGCUGGUGUUAAUUACGAUGCUUAUAAGUUUAAUAAACAAAUAAUGGAGAUGGGUGUAAAUGUAUGCUAAAAAAGAAACAUACAGGUACAAUGCAGGAAAAGGAAAAAAAAUAUGAUUUUAUUUGAGAAAAUGACUGCAGGUUGACUAACUGGUGAUGGGUAAGGAAUUUUCUUGUUGUUGUUUUUGGCUGAAUGUGUGAAUUAGAAAACGGUUGUCAAUAUCAAGCAUAUCGCAAUAUCACAUGAUGCACAUGAAUCAUAGAACAACUAAAAAGCACACAAACAGCAAAAUAUACAGACAAGAUUCAGCACACAAAUAAGCAAAACAAAUGAUAAUGUAAUACACUGAUUGUCCAAAGAUCAUGAUGCAAUGAUUGUAUAAUUUCUAAAUAAUUGUCUUGAACUUGUCAACUCCUGUCUUAAAUAUUGGUUUUGUUGUCAGCUUGCAAAAUCACAUUUAAAACCAUACCCUUAUUAUUAUAAACAUUUAGCUUGCUGUGUUGAAGACAUUUUAUAGGGCUUUUCACACAGCGCGUAACCCUGGGUUAUCAUCUUUUUAAACCCACUUUCAAACACAGUUAAACCAGUGUUUCAUACUUGUAAUUUUGAAAGGGGUUUAUUAAAGGGGUUAGCACCUCAUUUGAGGGGUUACAUUUAUGCAUUUGGCAGAUGCUUUUAUCCAAAGCGACUUACAGUGCACUUAUUACAGGGACAAUCCCCCUGGAGCAACCUGCCUUGCUCAAGGACACAGUGGUGGCGGCUGUGGGGAUCGAACCAGUGACCUUCUGAUUAACAGUCAUGUGUUUUAGCCCACUACGCCACCACCACUCCACAUUGGAGUGCCAAAAUUAUAGAGUGUGAAAAGAUACUGAAUGUUACUGUUUGUAUACUGUUCUGAUGAUAGUGAAACUUUGUAAUAUGGCACUUUUUGUACCACUUUCUCCAUAAGAGGAUUCGCUGAUGUUUUUCCUCUUUUGUAAGUCGCUUUGGAUAAAAGCGUCUGCCAUAUGAAUAAAUGUAAUGUUACUGAAAGUUUUUUAGCUACACAAAACCAAUCAAUGCCUCAGUGCUUACCCUAUUUAAUGUUCAUGCACUUGUACAUUCGCAAAAACUUUCAGAUGCUGUUUACAUUCUCGCAACGGACACACAAGCAUUCAAUGGAGCUGCUCUUCUGUGGAAAUGUCGCCAAGCAAAUCAGCUGUUUGUCUUUUAUCGUCUGAAACGUACUAUGAAAACACAGCACAGGAAUUCUGUCUCUGGCAGUUCUCGCCUUUGCCAUAACUGUGUCACAUUUUUCAGUUUUCCCUCAGACGGAAAAGAAGAAAGAGCAUGGGAACGUUUAUGCCACAGUACAGAGUGCAUGAAUAUUAAAUGAGCACUAUAUGCAUUAUAUAUCUCCAAAAGCAUUAUAUGAUUCACUGUCUUUAGCUAUACAACUUACUGAAACAUUUUAACUUUACAUAAUUUCACAUGAUCCUUGCUCCUGAGCCGGGUUUCAUUACCCCAUUCAAACGUAAAAGUGUGAAACGUUGCUUUAUCCAGGGUUAAAUGCGGGUUUGAAAAGACCUCUUAUGUUGUGUGAAACUGUCGUGAUAUUGUUGUUGUGUCUUCUGUGAUAUUUAUCAUCAGGACACUACUAUAUUGUGUCUAAAUGUUCAUAUAACAUCUUGCAGGUAUGAGGAAAUUUUUUGAAUAAAACUUUUGCAACCUAAAUUAAAGCAUGUUAUCUUAAUCAUUGUGUCAAUGUUUUUAUUAUAAAUCUUCCAAAAUCCUAAAACUUAUCCUAAACAUUUGAUUUAAAUCCCUGAUGAUUUUGGAACCCCACUGUAUGUUCCUUUGCCACAACCUAAAAAAAAAAAAAAAAAAAAAAAAAA